AUGUCCGACGAACACGGUGAUGAGCUUGUUACCAAGCCCUUCAAGUUUGUGACUGGUGUCGACUCCCGUUUCCCCAACCAGAACCAGACCAAGCACUGCUGGCAAAACUACGUCGAUUACCACAAGUGCAUCAAUGCCAAGGGCGAGGAGUUCGCGCCUUGCCGCCAGUUCCUUCUGGCCUACAAGUCUCUCUGCCCCUCGAGCUGGUACCAGCGCUGGGAUGAUCAACGAGAGGGUGGCAACUUCCCCGUCAAGUUGGACCAGUAA